UGUUAACCGCACAUACAUUUUUUUUAAGCUUAAUUUGUGUAUAAAUUUACAUUCAAUUUAAUGUUCAUCGAUUUCCUGAAGCAGCUAAUAUUUAGAGAGCAAAAAAUGACCGAUAGAGGCAGCAUAAAGAUUGAAUUUGCGGUGCAGAUAUCCGGUUCCAAGUGUGCAGACAAAGUACGGACCGCGCUCGAAGGCGUAGGCCAGGUGGACAUUGAUGUGGCUAAAGGCAGCGUUUUGGUGGAUACUAGCCUUCCGUGGACCGACAUUCAACGGAGAAUUGAAGCCACCGGUAGGCGAGCCGUUCUAUCCGGGUUUGGAGGUCAGUCAGCUGUUUCAAUGGUGGACCAUGGAAACGAAUCCACCAAGGUUCGAGGGGUUGUUCGGUUUUGUGCUCUAACGGCCAACGAGAAAGGUGCCGUUGUGGAUGGUGCUAUAGAUGGUCUGGAAGCAAAUCGACCCUACAAGUUGAACGUCCAUGAAUGUGGCGAUAUAUCGGAAGGAUGUGCCUCGGUAGGCACGAUUUAUGAUUCCAAUGAUAUCACUUCGGACGAGGACGGUAGGGCAACGAUACGGUUUGUAAAUGAUCGGUUGGCGGUGUGGGAUAUCAUCGGAAGGUCGGUUGUCAUAGCGGAAGCUGAUGCCGACAAAAGGUUGGCUUGUGGAAUAAUUGCACGAUCGGCUGGCAUUUUCGAAAACUAUAAGAAAAUCUGCGCCUGCGAUGGAGUUACAAUCUGGGACGAACGGGACAGGCCUCUAGCGGGUUUUAAACGACGAGAAGACAACUCUGCUCUAUGAAUUGCCAUAAUUUUAGGGACUAUGGAUGUAACAAAUCAAUAAGGUGUAGGUAUGCUUAUACGACUGCGGAGGUACUGUAAAUUUAUAUUAAAAUUGCUAAAUA